CAGAAGGUCAGAGAGGUUUGUCGUUGGAUUCAGGACAGGGGGGUUGCCAAUGGAGCUUCUUGCCUCGCACCAGAUUGAGUGGCUGAACCAAACAGAAGCAGGCGACUGAUGACAUGGUUUAGGAGCUGAGGUGGAGCGAGGCGGAGCUGUCGCAUUCUGUGCGAGCGGCGGAACAAGAGAUGGACCGGAGUGAAAUUCAAGCUCUGCCGAAUCGGGGCACAGGUCCGGGAACACGAGCAAAGAGGCAGGGCAGAGCAGAACCCAAAUUGCGUAAGGGGCCUGGAAGAGUCCAGCGGGAGGUUGUGGAGCCAUUCCCAACAGCCAGGCAGUCGCCAAACAUGGGAUGGGGCGGCCCACGCUUGCCAGAACUUGCCCCACGGGACGAUCCCAAGCCUUGUCCGCUCUCCGUGGAAAGAACGCACUGCAGCAGUGGCAGCCCUGAAGGAGACAGUGCAAACAGCCUUCCGACAGGCCUCAGCAGAGCAUCCGAAGAGGCCCACAUGGGUUUGGAUUCUGGGGGAGCAAAGGAGGAGCCCUGGGAAAGGGACACCGUCGCCCUGGAGAUGCAGCGGCUGAACUUCCGACGGUUCCGCUACCAGGAGGUCGGGGGGCCGCGGCAAGUGUGCAGCCAGCUCUGGUACCUCUGCCACCGGUGGCUGAAGCCAGAGAGGCACACCAAGGAGCAGAUCCUGGAGCUGCUGAUCCUGGAGCAGUUCUUGGCUGUCCUGCCCUCGGAGAUGCAGAGCUGGGUCAGGGAAGGCAAGCCGGAGACCUGCACCCAGGCGGUGGCCCUGGCCGAAGGUUUCCUGAGGAGGCAGCAAGCGGGUGAGAAACCCAAAGAGAUUGUGUCCUCCUGGUUGUUUCAGGUAGUGCCUACGAAUCCCACAGCUCCUUCAGAGGCCAGAGAGAAUGUGCCGCAUGUGGAAGACAAAGAAGAGGGUGGCAGAGGUGGGUCCUCUUUGGGUGACAGCUGGCUGAAUCAGCAGGAGGGUAAUCCACAGCAGGAAAGGCCAACCCAAGAAGACCCUCAUUUGCAAUGUCAGGAUAACAAAACAGCUUUCCUGCCUUAUUCAGAGACAAGGAUGGGAAGCCACCCGGAAGACCGUGUGAAUGACCCUGAGAGAACCCCUAGGGAUUUUGCUGAGCCCACAAACCAGCAGAUCCCUCCCAAAGGCAAGAAGCAAAGGACUUGCGGCGUCUGUGGGAAGAGCUUCAGCCGCAGCACCGGCCUGAUCGCACACCAGAGAAUCCACACCGGGGAGAAGCCGUACGAGUGUCCUGACUGCGGGAAAUCCUUCACGUUGAAGUCGAACUUGAUAGCCCACGAAAGGACCCACAACGGGGAGAAGCCGUACGAGUGCCAGCAAUGCGGGAAAAGCUUCAGCGUGAGCUCGCAGCUCAUAAAGCACAAGAGGACUCACUCGGGGGAGAAGCCGUACAAAUGCGCAGAGUGCGGGCAGGCAUUCCGCCAAAGCUCGCACCUUAAAAACCACCAGAGAAUCCACACGGGAGACCGGCCGUUCAAGUGCUCGGACUGCGGGAAAAGCUUCAGCGUGAGCUCAGACCUGAUCCGGCACGAAAUAUCGCACACGGGGGAGAAACCGUACCAGUGUCCGGACUGCGGCAAGCGCUUUUGCAACAGUUCGCAGAUUAUUACUCACCGGAGAGUCCACACGGGGGAAAAGCCGUACAAAUGUCUGGAGUGCGGGAAAAGCUUCACCGUGAGCCAACAGCUCAGCAGGCACCAGCGAGUCCACACGGGAGAGAAGCCAUACAAAUGCCCCGAAUGCGGGAAAACCUUUGGUGUCAGCACACUCCUUACGGGACACCUGAGAAUCCACACGGGAGAAAAACCGUACAAAUGUUCGGAAUGUGGGAAAAGCUUCAGGCUGCGCUCAAACCUUAUUGCACAUCAGAAAACACACACCGCAAGGAAAUCCUAGGCACUUUUACUGUG